AUUUAAGUGUAGAUAAUUUAGAUUCAGAUUCUUUAAAACCAGUAUAUAAUUUAAUUGAACUGGAAUUAGAAGAAUAUAAAGACAAUAAAUUAGUUCUUGACACAGUUCAUGAUCUAAUACAAUUUUUUAAAGAACAAUCAAAUUGUGCAUACUAUCAGAUACCUAAACAAUGA